GAACAGCUCACAACUCACCACGAUAUUGUCCACAACAUGAACCGCCCGAAAGACUCACAGCAGCCUGUCCCUGCGGUCUCGAAAGAGGCUCGCAAGCAACCAUCCUUCGGCCCGAAGAACAUCUACCUCAUCCUCUACAACUUCAUCUCCGCACUCCUCUGGUCCGUUGUUCUCGGCCGCGUCCUCGCAAUCUCCUCCACCAAAGGCUGGCAAUACGUCUUCACCGGCACCGCAGAUUUCACAAAAUGGACACAAACGCUCGCAGGACUUGAAGUCUUGCAUGCCGCAGUUGGCCUCGUCCGCGCACCUCUCUUCACAACUCUCAUGCAAGUCGCCUCCCGCUUCCUCCUCGUCUGGGGCAUCGCGCACAAUUUCCCCGUUCACACCGCUUACUCGCCCGCCUACUCUACUAUGCUCAUCGCCUGGAGCGUGACGGAGAUUAUUCGCUACUCGUAUUUCGCGAUCAAUUUGACAUACGGCAAAGUUCCUGGGUUUUUGACGUGGUUGAGGUACAACACUUUCCUUGUGUUGUAUCCGCUGGGGAUCUCGAGUGAGUGUUGGUUGGUCUAUCGCGCUGUGGAGCCGGCGAAGAGGUGGAAUGCUAGUUGGGAGUGGGUGUUAAAGGCGAUUUUGUUUGUGUAUGUGCCGGGGGCGUAUGUGCUUUAUACGCAUAUGAUGAGGCAGAGGGGGAAAAUUAUGAAGGCUGCGAGGGAGAAGAAGGUGCAAUAGUGGAAUGGGAUAAGAUGGAUGGGGCGCCACAGUUGGUGGGAUGGCAUGAGACGUGUAUACUCGGAUAAAGCCUGCGGUGGGGCGGCACGAAGAGGCAAUGCCUUCGAUGCAAGAUGUCAGGCAAGCCUCAAGGCAUUGAGCAGGCCGUUUUGCAGGGCAUCGUAGGAGGUGUAUGCUGCAGCGAGUCGCCCAGUAGGUGAUGAUGCAGCAUGAUGUGGUUGCCACGACUGAGCAAUGGACUGAAAGUACGAACGCCAAUACAUAAUAUGAACAAAAUGCUCUACUCUG